AUGGUCUCCGACAUGGAUGUUCCCGCUCUCAAGCGGCGGCUUGGAGAGGUGGGCGUCCUGACGCCAAGUCGCAGCGAUGACCAUGAAGGCUGGCGGAACUGCCUGGUCGAACUCUGUGGCCGCUACCUGGGAUACCAGGAGCCUCCGCCCAAGAAGCCGGGCGAAGAGGCUGCACCGGCAGUGCCGGCUGAACUGCAGAAAGCCGCCUUGCACAUGCGGGUGGAGGAUCAGCGGAAGCGCAACCUUGAGCUCAGCUUCGACCUGGACCGCGUCACACGGCGCGAGGCGAAGCUCCGACGCGUCGUGGACGAGGACCCCGUGCUUCAGGCACGCUCACUGGACGAGUUCGUCACAUUCUUGAAGGACGUGCAGCAGCGCUUGCCUCUUGAAGCACUUCGAACUUCUCAGGACGACUCGGACUUCGCCAAGUUUCUGCAGAAGGUCGGCGAGAUUCGUGAGCAGCACCUGCCACCCGAACGUGUCAUCGUCUCAUGGCACCGCGGUCAACUAAGGCCCAUUUCGCAUGCAACGUCGAAGCAGACCAUCUCCAAGUAUAGCGAUCGGCAGGGCACGCGGGCACAGAAAUGCUGGUUUCCCGUGCGCGUCUGCUGGGACACGGACAAGUUGGGACUGAAGUUCGGACCUCUGGAGGAGCAGGAGGGCGGCCUCCCUGUCAGGACCAUCUCCAAGUCCUCCUGGGCACACGGCGUCAGGCUGAAGCCCGGUGACUGGCUGAUCAGCAUCAACGGAGAUGCUGUCACGAAGAUGAGGGAGCACGACUGCUUCGAGCUGCUCCAGCGGCAUCGUCCGCUUAGGUUGCUCUUCGCACGUCGGUGCCACAAGAGCGCCACUCCUAAGUUGAAGCGCCCGAACAAGAUCGCGGUGAAGCUUGACGAGGCCAUCCUGUACUCGCAGCAGCAUCCCCUCCCUGAGCGCGGUGCAGAGGUCACCCAGGAGGCCGCACCAUCAAACAGCCCUCUUGACACCGAAGCCACCGCUGAGGCCGAGAUGCACUGUGAUGACGGGCCCACAGCAGAGCCAGACGCUUCUGCAGGCGAGCAGCAAUUGCCAGCUGAAGAUGUGCCAAUGCAGCCCACGCCGGCAGGCGAGCAGCAAAUGCCAGCUGAAGACCUGCCAAUGCAGCCCACGCCGGCAGGCGCUGAGGAGCCGGCGCAGGCACCGGAGCUGGCUGAAGCCAGCCCAGCUGCGACCAGUGUCCAGGAUCCCAUGAGCUCAACCAUCUUCUCCGAGCAGUAUGAUGCCGAUGACUGGGACGACUUUGAGCCUGAGGACUCCUUCGAGGAGGCAGACGCACAGCCCGAGCUGGACACGCAGCCUGAAGCGGAGACCCGCGUGUCGUUCGGAGGUGCGGCAGAGUUGACCACGGAGGCAGUUCCGGCAGAUCAAGAAGCGCCGGAGCCUCCGGCGACGGAUGCCACCAACGAAGCCGAGGGCGCUGAGGAGCAGCUGGCUAUGGGCUCCACCGUCUUCUCAGACCAGUACGAGGGCGACUGGGAUGACGAGUUCGAGUUCGCGGAGGAGUCUCAAGCAUCACCCCAGGCUCGGGAAGAGAAUGAGGAGGCGGCCGAGAGAAAUGUGACGUUUUCGCCGGAAGUUGCGCAGGAGGGAGAGUCAUCCUCUGCCUGGCGCAAAGGCACGGGCUUUGUGAGAAUGUCAGACUUCCCAGACGAUGACACGGAGUCCGAGGCCACACAGAAGAAUGUUACAUUUUCACCGGAAGUGGAUGGCCUGUCUGCGCAGCAGGAGGGGGAUGCAUCCACCGGCAACCGGAAAGGCACCGGCUUUGUGAAAAUGUCAGACCUGCCAGAUGAUGAUGACGAGUCAGAGGCAGAUAAGACUGUGACCUUCUCACCGGAAGUGGAUGGCCUGUCUGCGCAGCAGGAAGGGGAUGCAUCCACGGGCCAUCGGAAAGGCACAGGCUUUGUUAAAGUGGCGGACCUGCCGGACGAUGACGAGGACUCGGAGGCUGGCCGGGCAGUGCACUUCUCGCCAGAAGUUGACGAGUUGGAGGAGACUGCGUCACCGUCAGCGCCACGGAAAGGCACGGGCUACGUCCGCACGGACGAGUUGCCUGACGACGAUGAGGAGCCAGAGGCCCACCGGAAUGUCACGUUCGCACAGGGCGCGGAGGCUGAGGACGAGACGUCCUCGCCAUCCGCACCACGCAAAGGCACCGGCUAUAUUCGGCCGACUGAGCUGCCCGAUGACGACGAAGAGUCUGAGGACGAGCGACAGGUGACCUUCGCGCCUGAGAGCGACGUGCUUGCCGAGUCAGGAUCGCCCUCCGCACCUCGUAAAGGCACUGGAUAUGUGAGAACAACUGACCUGCCAGACGACGACGAUGAGGAAUCAGAGGCCGCACGGAACGUCAGCUUCUCUCCCGAAGUUGAUGCGUUGGGCGAGGGCACGUCGCCCGCGGCUCCACGCAAAGGCACCGGUUUCGUGAAAGCCUCCGACCUACCAUCGGAUGAUGAGGAUGAGGACGGUGCCCAGCGCUACGUCAGCUUCGCCCAGGAUCAAGGGCAGAGUGGCGAACACAGCUCGCCCAGCGCUCCACGCAAAGGAACCGGCUUCGUGUCGCCAGCAGAUCUCCCGGACGAUGAGGAUGAGGAGGAGGAAGAGGAAGAGGAGGAGGAAGAGGAAGACGCAUACCAGGAGGAUUACUCAGCGCCGUCGAGCAGAGGUUCUGGAGUGGAGUCCCCGAGGGCCGCCACGGAGUCGGUCUGUGAUGAUGAGCCCCGUGAGCUUCCAGAGGCUGAGAACGCAGGUGACGACAGCCCGACUGCAAACAGCGCGCAGGCAGCCACUGUGACAUCAGACCACUAUGAUGACGACUUCGACGAGGAGUUUGAAGACGACUUCGAACCUGAGGACGGCGAGCAGCAGCCGGAGGAAUACGCUGCAGCUGGUGAGGCUGCUGCCGCAGAUGACGCGGCGAGCCACAGCAGCGAGGACUUGGCUACAGCCCCAACAACCGGCCGCGGGGAAGCUUCUCCGAGCACCCACGGCACGACGACGUAUGAUGAGUAUGACGAGACGUUCGAGAGCGGUGAGGAAACCCACGAGGGAGACCCAACAGCAGGACAGCCUUCCCCAACCUCCUACAGCGAGUGGUCUGAGCCCGGCAAGCGCGAGACGGGCCUGUGA